AUAUAUAAAGAGCAUGUUAUAAAAGUAUAUUCUGGUAAUGGGCUUACCUGUGCCAUACCGCUGGCUCAUUUCCGAUUAUGCGCAACAAAGCCAAAAGGCGAACGCAAAAGGAAACGGCCCAUCCAAAAUGGUGGACGAAGCUACAAAGAAGACUUUAGCGGCGAUACCGCUGCUAAAAACCAAGGCAGGGCCUCGAGAUGGUAAAGAUUGGGUCGACAGACUAAAAGAGGAAUAUACUUCACUUAUCAAGUAUGUUAGUAAUAAUAAAGAAGCGGACAAUGACUGGUUCCGGUUAGAGUCUAACAAAGAAGGAACACGGUGGUUUGGAAAAUGCUGGUACAUUCACAACCUACUGAAAUAUGAAUUUGAUGUUGAAUUUGAUAUUCCUAUAACAUAUCCUACAACUGCACCUGAAAUUGCUUUGCCAGAGCUGGAUGGUAAAACCGCCAAAAUGUAUAGAGGAGGAAAGAUAUGCAUGACAGAUCACUUCAAGCCAUUAUGGGGUCGCAAUGUUCCGCGAUUUGGAAUAGCUCAUGCGAUGGCAUUAGGGCUAGGUCCAUGGCUAGCUGUGGAAAUCCCCGAUCUGAUCGAAAAAGGCCUUAUCAAACACAAGGAUAAAUCGGAAUCAAGUCGGUGAAUGUGAAAUAAAUGUGAAACGAAUAGAA